AUGAUAGAGGAGCAGGUAUUUAAUCGCGAUAUUCAAAUGAUCGUAAUUAACAAUUUGAAUGAAUUGGAUGAGGAUCGAAGUGAAUGCACAUUCUUCUGCGGCGAUUUUCAAUCGAGUUAUUAUAAAGAAUUGACCAAAAACCAGUCCGCAGAUGACGCUGGAAGCGCACACCUUAUUGUUGGACCUGCAGUUUUGAGGCAUCGUCUAGGAACAAAUCAAGAAAUGAUGACCCUGCGCCCAUGUCGACCCCUCUACUGUGAAUUAAUGAAAAGCGUCACAAUGAAACUGUGUUCUGAAGUUACAAAUAAACGAGAACUUGUCGAAUUAGUACAUUUUAUGGGUGGAAGUGUACGAAAAGACAGAGUAUCUCGGACUAAUGUCCUUAUUGCCGUACAAGCGACGAAAUCUUCGACAUCUAACCUCGACAUUCCAACACUACGACCAGCGUGGAUCCACGAAUGCUGGAAGUUUCGCGACGAUCCGAAUUUUGAUGUUUUUAACAAGGAUUUGAUCGAAAAACAUCGACUAAAAGUUUUCGAAGGACUGCAUAUCUACUUCCAUGGGUUUAAAAGCGAAGAAGCUGUUGAUAUGUUGGAGAAUCUUAAAGAAAGUGGCGCGAUUCUCACAUUCGAGCCGAAUAAAGCAACCCAUGUUGUAUACAACUCGGCUCCGAAUGAUUUUCCGCCUUUGGAACCACUUCCAAAUCAGUAUCAUGUCACACAAGAGUGGUAUUGGGUGAGCUUACAUCGUGGUAGCUGUGCCGUUGAGGAGAAUUUCGCACUGCCAACAAUGUCGCUUCGCAAAAAGCAUUUUGACGCGAGCGAGACGAUGAACAGCCCGAUAGCGUCCAAUUUGACGCGAUCGCAUCGAGCACAUUCGAAGUCGGCGUCGUCAAUGUUGGAUUGCAGUGGUGAAGGGCUCUCAUUGAAUGCGACUCCUGACUACAUUUAUUCGAACGAGGAUGUCGAGAAAGCCGUCAAAUCACCGAAAGUCACAUCGCCGCGACGUCUUCAGAUAUGCGUUGAGAUGUUCGACACCGAAAAUAAUUAUGUCAAAGUGCUCAAAUUGUUGCUCAAGUUUCGGGACGCAUUAGAAGAAGAAAUCCAACACAACGAAUUUAUCAAAAAGUCCGACGUUGCAAUGAUUUUCGGAAAAUUGGAGCCGAUUGUCGAACUUCACGAAAAAAUCAUUGAGAAUAUGCGUGAUAUGUACACUGAAGGAAAAGCUGCACUUUUGGCGAAUGCAAAAGACGAAGAAAAGAAAUGGGACUUUGCUGGAGUGUGGCUGGAGAUGCGAGAAGAGCUCAAACGAGUUUAUCCGCCAUAUUUGAACUCAUAUGAUACGGCUCGCAGUUUGUUCGAUACGCUUGACAAGGAAAAUUCAAAGUUCCACACAUUCUGCAAGGCGAAAGAGUGCAAUCCCGAAUACCAUCGACUCAAGAUCAAUGACAUGAUGGUAAAGCCUGUUCAGCGACUACCAAGUGUUCUACUGUUGUUCCGUGAAAUGUCGAAAAAGACAACGUCGCAUCGCGUCAAGAAUAAUACUGAUGAAGCAACGAGACUAUUGGAUGAUGUGCUCAAAAUUGCCAAUCGGACCCGAGAACGCAACGAUCAUCUGAUUACGCAUAUGAGCAAAUUUACAGAUAUCGAAAAUGUUCCGCCGCACUUGGUCGCUGCUAAUCGAAUGUUCAUACGCGAGUUGGUUGUGAUGCCUAUAGCCAGCACCGCGCCGCGUCUUCAUCAAUUCUAUCGAAUGAAAUUGUUUUUGUUCCACGACGUGAUGCUUAUAACCAAGAUUCGAAGCGAGAAGAACACAAUGCAACGACUUGCUCGACACGCGUCAUUCGCCAGCCUCCAUUCGCGAACACGGCGACCUUACAAGUACAUUGAACAGAUUCCGUUGUCGGCGAUGCGAAGCGCUGUGAGAAUACGGCCGUCUGAUGAAUUCAUGAGCGCGACGGAGAAUCUCCAAAACGUGCAUAUACCAUAUGUCUGGUGUUUGAUUCAUCGCGAUGAUCAAGGUGGUGACACAGAAACUGUUUUCGAAUCGAUGGAUGAUGAGGCGAUCAGGGAUUUCCUUGACGACAUUCAUAUUAAGAUUAUGACCAAUUAUGGAAGAUUCUUCUUGUCGCCUGAGCCGGCUACAACAUCAUCACUCGAUGAAACUGUUGCGGAUUUGACGAUGCGGCAUUUCCGACGGUCAAUGCUUGGACACGCGGUGCCAGCGAACACCACAAUGAGUGAAAGAACACCAAGGAAUGGCGCAGAAUGGUCGCAUAAUCUCAAUGACACGAUCAAUGUGCCUCCUCAACCACAACAGAGUAAAAUGCGGAGAGCAUUUAGCAAUGCGCAACUCACUUUGGCGUCGACAUUCGGCUUUGGAAGAUAUUCGAGUCGCAAUAACCUUGGUCAAAUUAAUGAGAAUUCAUCCAUGAUGGCGUCACCACGAGUGUCUUGUGAUCCUGCAGCUCUCGCGAACAUGACAUCUGUCGAACGAAUGCCGCGUCAAGACUCGGAACGAGACACGUCGACACCAAAACGGGGAUUGCGAGCUCGUUUGACAUCAUCGACGUUUCUGAAUCGAACUUUGAACAGGAAUACAUCCCUUCGUCGGCAAACGAUCAAUCCAGAUAAGGAAGGCUUCCGUUCGCGAACGACGAGCCAAAUCACCGAAUUGUAA